AUGAGAAUAACCACAAAGAAAAACAAGAUAAAGCCUCUUCUUGCUUUCCUCCUUCCUCCCAUCUCCACUUUAAUGCUUUAUUACUUUCUUAGCUCUGCUAUUCCACUAUAGUGUGAUUCUCCACCAUCUCCCUAAAGAGCCCAUCAAACUUUAUUAAAGACAAAAAAAAAUAAAAACGCUAAAGGAUUGAAACACCAUGGUUUUCUCUUCUAUUCCAUCUUAUUUAGAUCCUCUCAAUUGGCAGCAACAACCUAAUCAACAUCAGUUACUUCCACCACUAUCCUCAUCACAGGUACAUGGUGCAGGCUCAAUUAUCAGGCCUGGUUCGAUACCGGAUCAAGCUCAAGCUCAGGCAGCUCAUGAAGUUCAUACAGGUCAGGUUCAAACUCACCAAGCUAAGUUACCACCACCUUCAGAGACAAAUUUGAAGUGUCCUCGUUGCGAAUCAACCAAUACAAAAUUUUGUUACUACAACAACUAUAACUUGUCUCAACCAAGACACUUUUGCAAGACAUGUAGGCGUUAUUGGACAAGAGGGGGUGCAUUAAGAAAUGUUCCUGUUGGUGGAGGGUGUCGUAGAAGCAAAAAGACCAAAAAGAGUAACACCUCUUCUACUCCCUCCAAAUCUCCAAUAUCAAAUAGUAAUGACAAAGAUUAUUCAACAAGUGCAAGUGCAAUCCAUUCAACUUCAACUCCUCUUGGUGAAUUCUUACACCCAACUAAUAGACCUAAUUACAUGACAUCUCUUCAGAAUCUGAACCGGUUCGGUGUUGGAAAUAUGUUUCAAAUUGGUGAUUAUAGUUCAACUACUGGUGGAGGAGAAGGAGGAGUUGUCGAUCAGUGGAGAUUUCAGCAGUUUCCUUUCAUGAAUAAUGGCUUUGAUUCAAGUACUUCAAAUGUUUCUUUCCCAUUUCAAAGUGAAAUUGUUGAACCAACAACUACUUCUAGGGUUACUACUUUGAUGCCUGCAUCGGUUAAAUCGGAACACAACGGAGGUUUUAAUCUUCUUAGAUCUCCAAUGAAUAUGUCAGAGAAUAACAACCAUUACAAUAAUUCAUGGAAUGAUUUUCAUGGUCUUGCAUCUUCUUCGGCUAGUCGUCUGUUAUAACUUUCAUCGUUUGCACUGCUAGAAAAAGUUGAAUUAUUGGCAGUAAUUAGAGAUGAAAAAAAAUAUUUAAAUUGAUCUCUAAUUUUUACACCUCUAACUUAUACUUAGAGAUGAAAUUAGAGGUGAAUUUCAUGUAUUUUUUCUUUCUAAUUUUUUUGUUACUAAUUCAAUUUUUCUAGUAAUAUCUGUGGUCGAAUUUUCCAUCAUCUCUGUUGUAACUCUUUGCUUAUCAUCAGUUAUCAAAUCCAGGGCAUCAUCUUUGAUGGAUCAGACAAAAAAUGAAGUUUUACAAGUUGCACUAUCUUCGAAUGGCGAAAAUCAAGGCUUAGUGUUAAAAGAAAUUAACACAGGCAUGGUAGUAUUUGGUUUUUUGUUCUUGUAUAUUUUCAUUGUCAUUGUCAUUGAUUAAUUGUUUAUGUUUAUGUAUUGUGUGAGUUUAUGGUGUGUUCUAUAUGAACUUUCUUUAAGUUGUAUAACAAUGUGUGCUUGUAGUAAUCAUCAACUAUUAUGUGAUUGCUUUCAGAAAUGUUAUGAUAUCAAUAUUAUUUGGGUACA